UGUCUCAAAGAUAGGAGUUACAUUAUAUUAGGAGGUCUAGGCGGAUUUGGUUUAGAAUUAACUGAUUGGCUUAUAAUUCGUGGUGCCAGAAACAUCGUUCUGAUUUCAAGAAAUGGAAUAAAAAACGGUUAUCAACGCAUGAAAAUUCGACUAUGGAAAUCGUACGGCGUAAACGUUCUGAUCAUCAAGAAUAUCGAUGUUGCUGAUCUCAAAGAUUGCGAAUAUAUUUUAAGGACUGCAGAAAAAGAAGCUCCAGUGGACGCUAUAUUCAAUCUGGGUGUGGUACUGAAAGAUGACAUCUUCAAAAACCAAACUGCAGAAUCAUUUGCAGAGUCCUUCCAAUCGAAGGCUCGUGCAACGCAAAUGCUGGAUAAACUUUCUAGGAAAAUCUGUCUUAACUUGCGGCACUUUGUGGUGUUCUCUUCCGUUUCCUGCGGCAGAGGAA